AUGUUCGAACACACUUUCAAGUGGAAUGAAAAAUGGAGGAUCAUGAAGAAUGUGGGCGUCAUAACUAUGGCAUUCAUGCUACAUUUCACAGCCUAUGCUGGUACUUCUAAUUUACAAAGCUCUAUCAACGCAGAGGCAGGUUUGGGCACAGCGUCUCUGGCUGCAGUGUAUGCAGGUGUCGUUUUAUCGAAUAUAUUUCUACCAGCCGCUGUUAUAAAGUGGUUGGGCACAAAAUGGGCAGUAUGCCUGUCGCUAAUUACCUACAUGCCUUUCAUAGCUUGUCAAAUAUAUCCCAGUUUCUACACCCUGGUCCCUGCCGGUCUUCUAUUGGGUCUCGGCGCGGGACCGCUGUGGUGCGCCAAGUGCACCUACUUAUCAUUGUAUGCGGAAACACACAGUUCACUAUUUCAAAUACCAGCUGGAAUUCUUCUACAGCGCUUUCUUGGAUUCUUUUUCAUGAUCUUGCAAAUGAGCCAAAUAUUUGGAAAUUUGAUUUCGUCAGUUGUGCUAUCUACAGGUAACACGGCCUCAGUGACUUCAAUAAAUGCGUCAAUGAUUCCACAAAUAUGUGGUGCCAAUUUCUUACCCGACGCGGAUGCUGCUAAAGCUCUACCCACACAACCUACUGAAAAAAUAUUCAUGAUAACAAGUGUUUAUCUUGCGUGCAUGGCCGGGGCCGCGCUCAUUGUUGCCUGCUUUUUAGAUUCUCAGAAGAGCAACGAGUCUUGUCGUAAGGGCGCUAGUACUAAACUCUCUGGGUUUGCAUUACUAGCAGUAACUCUGAAGCAUUUAAAAGAACCCAAUCAGCUCUUGAUUCUUACCAUCAAUGUAUACAAUGGCCUUAAUCUAGCAUUUUUUGGAGCCGAUUUUACUGCCUCUUUUGUAUCAUGUGCAGUUGGCACAGGCUUUGUGGGUUACGUCAUGAUGUUAUUUGGACUGUCUAAUGCUGUGUGUUGUUUCAUGACGGGCUAUUUGAUCAAGUUGUUUGGACGUCUACCACUAAUGCUCAGCGCAAUGCUUGUACAUGGAGGAAUAUAUUUGACCAUGCUUUUGUGGCAACCACACGCUGGAGAUUAUUAUAAAAUGUUUAUUAUUUCUGCACUGUGGGGAUUCUGUGACUCCGUUUGGACGGUACAGAUAAAUGCUUACUACGGCGUUCUGUUUUGCGGCAAAGAAGAAGCAGCGUUCGCAAACUUUCGGCUUUGGGAAGCUUGCGGAUUCACCACCCGGGUUGCUGAUUACUCUUCAGUACUGACAUAA